AUGCGACAUUGCAUUCGUUUCUUGUAUGUGUCGAGAAGCGGUGCUAUGUCUGGCAUCGCUCUUCCACCUGCAGUGCUGGGGGCGAGCGUUAGCUCGACUGUCAAGCUCUACGAGCAAUGCCUCAACCCGAUGACCUCACCAGGCGAUGUGGCACACUUAGCAGCAGCUCUGCUUCCUGCCAUCAGUAGAGGAGAACUUGCACUGCACCAACAGGUUCAGCUACUGCGCAUCCUCGCUGCACGCUCGAUUCGGAACGAGGAUGUCAUUCUGAAGUGUCUGUGGACUGUUUUCAAAUCCCCCUCGCCCACUGACGAUGACGUUUCCUCAGAGGCUUCCAAGACGAUGCGGUGCUCUUCACUGUCCGAGCUAUCCGCGCACACGACUAGCGCCUUCCAAGUAAUGGCGGAGCAACAGUUUCUUAACGACCCGCAGAUGACGGUCGUGGCGCUUGGCCGCUGCGUGGAGUUAAUCCCCUACGCGAGUUUGGAUGGGCUGCGGUGCAUUUACCGCGGUUUGCGCGCCAUGAACCACGUGUUCUUCAGCGUCGCGGAGGUGGCGCAUCACAGCAGCGAGGUGACAGAGAAGAUGACGACGAAAGAAUUUUACGAGACAGCGGGCGUACCCGAUGAGGAGACUUUGCGACACCAACCGAAUUUGGUUGAUGUGCUUUGCGGUGAAGUGGAGCUACAACUGCGACGCCUGUGCGACACCUUUGCACAGGCAGGGCCCGGGCCGUUCAGGGUAAGCCACGCCUUACCUACUCCGAUUGCGGCAGGGCCGUCGUUCACCCCUUCGGCUGUGCGAGACACUCACGAGGCACAGUGGUUCUUGGAUGUGCUGGAGGCUCUCUCCGUGGUGGGGGUGCUGCACGCCGGAACACUGGACAGCUUAAGCGCCCUCCUCAGUCGUUAUCGCACCGAGUCCUCUGCCAGCUUUUUCAUUAGGGCGCUAACUCACGCCACGCGCAUCGAGGAACGGGUGGUGGACCCCUUGACGUACGAAGAAUCAGCCGCGGUGCGCGAUGCGCGUCGACAUCUCACGCUGUAUCUCAGCAAAGAGAUACAGCAGGUGCACGGCGUCCAUGGGUACCUGCGACGGCACCCCCAGGAGCUUCUCCUUCUCCGCCGCUUGUUUGAGAGCGACGCCACUGAACCUUCCCUUUCUCCCGCUUUGUGGGACACCGUGCGAACGAUUCGUGUUGCCCACCGCCACACUGUAGCUGCGUCGCCGACAAGUCGUCGACCCGCUGGGAUGCUGUUCCAGAAAACGUACGAUGUGAAAGUGAAGCCGAUUUCAGUCAACAACGCAGAGACGGAGCGCUUCUUGCCUCCCGAGUUCAAAACAUGGCGAAGCCCUGCUGCUACACCGCGCGGAGGUCACCCCCGAAAUGGGCGACCACCGAGGCGUGUGGCGUUUGGCACCCGCCGCAUCUCCAAGAACUACAUCAGGAACAAACGUAAGAAGUUCUGUCCCGCUGUCUUUUGA